CUCUCUCGGCACCUUCGCUCUCGACCCGCCGCUAUGUCUCGCCAGUCGUGUGGCCUCAACAAGGGCUUCAGCUCCAGCUCUGCUUGCCUGGGAGGAGGGAGGAACAAAGUCUCCUUCAGCUCGGUGGUCCGAGGAGGAUGCCGGGGCUCUGCUGGCAACGCCGGUGGCUUCAGCAGCAGGAGCCUCUAUAGCCUGGGAGGGAGCAAAAGCACCUCCCUGGGAGGAUUCGGUGGAGCUGGGGCCUGCAGAGGCUUUGGGGCUGGAGGCCAAGGAGGCUUUGGCUAUGGUCUCGGUGCCGGGGCAGGAUUCGGUGGUGGCUUUGGUGGUGGGGCCGGGGCUGGCUUUGGCGGAGGCCUUGGUGGUGGUUUUGGUGGCUUCGGCGGAGGGUUUGAUGGCGGGAUGGGGGGGCAAGGCUUCCCCGCCUGCCCGCCAGGCGGCAUCAGGGAGGUGACCAUCAACCAGAGCCUGCUGGCCCCCCUCAACCUGGAAAUCGACCCCGAGAUCCAGAAGGUGCGAACACAGGAGCGGGAGGAGCUGAAGACCCUCAACAACAAGUUUGCCUCCUUCAUUGACAAGGUGCGGUUCCUGGAGCAGCAGAACAAGGUCCUGGAGACCAAGUGGAAGCUCCUGCAGGAGCAGAGCCCAAGCACGGGUGGCCGGAGCCUCGACCCCUACUUCGAAGCCUACAUCAGUGGGCUGCGCCAGCAGCUGGAUGGGCUCUCAAGCGAGAAGCACCAGCUGGAGUUGGAGCUGAAGAGCUUCCAGGACAUGGUGGAGGAGUUCAAGACCAAGUACGAGGAGGAAAUCAACAAAAGGACAACUGCGGAGAACGACUUUGUGCUCCUGAAGAAGGAUGUGGAUGCCGUCUACAUGACCAAGGUGGAGCUUCAGGCGAAGCUGGACUCUCUGGCGGACGAGGUGAACUUCAUGAGGAGCCUCUACGAAGCGGAGCUGUCCCAGAUGCAGAAGACAGUGUCCGACACCUCCGUGGUCCUGUCCAUGGACAACAACCGCAGUCUGGACCUGGACAGCAUCAUCGCGGAGGUCAAGGCGCAGUACGAGGAGAUUGCCAACAGGAGCCGGGUGGAAGCCGAGACCUGGUACCAGAGCAAGUACGAGGAGCUGCAGGUCACAGCAGGAAAGCACGGAGACAGCUUGAAAGACACAAAGGCUGAGAUCUCUGAGCUCAACCGCAUGAUCCAGAGGAUACGGGCUGAGAUCGAGAGCGUGAAGAAGCAGUGCGAAACCGUGCAGAGCUCCAUCGCGGACGCUGAGCAGCGCGGGGAGCUGGCCAUCAAGGAUGCCAAAGCCAAGCUGACUGAGCUGGAGGCAGCCCUGAAGAAAGCCAAGGCAGACCUGGCCCAGCAGCUGCGCGAGUACCAGGAGCUGAUGAACGUCAAGCUGGCCCUGGACAUCGAGAUCGCGACCUACAGGAAGCUGCUGGAGGGCGAGGAGUGCAGGAUGUCUGGAGAGUGCCAGAGCUCUGUGAGCAUCUCUGUGGUGGGCGGCAGCAGCUCUGUAGGAGGUGGAUACGGCAGCAGCGGAGUCUACCUCGGAGGAGGAGGAGGAGGAAUGGGAUUCGGUGCUGGAAGUGGGAGAGGCAGCUGUAACACAGGCGGUGCUGGCUUCUGCUACAGCUUAGGAGGGGGCGGAUUUGGCGCCGGGGGAGGAUUUGGCUCUGGAGGGGCAGGGUUCUGCUCCGGAGGGGCAGGGUCUAACUCUGUCGUGGUGGGGUCUGGCAGCAUCCUGAAGAAAAACAGCAGCUCCAUGUCUGGGUGCCGGCGGGUCUAGGAGAGCGAGCUAUCCCCCCCCCCCCCCAGCACCCAAAGGAGAAAGGCAGCAAACCCCACCACGACCACUGCCACUCCUCCGCUGCCAAGGCGGGGGCCAUCCCCCCGUUUGGACCAGACUCCAUCCUCCUUCAGAAACUGUGUGGGAAAGUGACGCUCAGCUACGUGCACCAGCUGGGGCUGCUGGCAAGCUCAACAGAGGGCUCGAGGUGGUCUCACGUCCGCAUCCUCACCUUGGGAUGCUGCCAGGCUGCUGACUGUGGGGCCAGGAGCUGCCAUUGAACCCCCCCCC